UUUGUAAAUUUUUGAAAUACGCAUGAAAUUAUUUUUUUUAUUUGAGCCUACUAUAUUGUUGGUAUUUUCUUAUCGGACGGAAUCAGUAAAAAAUAAUAAAGUUUUGAUGAUAAAUUACAUAGGACUACGAAAAGGGAAUCCUGUUAUAAUUGGUAAAGAAUUUAUAAAUUAUUCUUCUCUCGAAUUUUAUCCAUGCAAUUCGCAAGACAUGAAUGUAUUUGUAGUAACUAACGAUUUUACUGAACUAAAAUGUUUUUCUGUGAACGAAAUUAUUAGAAAAGCUGUAGUGCUUCCAUAUGGAAGGAACCAAUUUGGUGUUUUUCCGCUUCUUCAUUCCGAUUUAUCAGAUGUUUUAUGUAGCGAUUGCUGAUAACUGGUGCUCAGUUAUGCCACAAUCAUGGAUUAUUGAUAUUAACGAGCAAUUAUGUGUGUGGCUAUCACAUGGUGUGAAUGCGACAAAAGCAAUGAAAAAGUCGUUACCUCCACAAGCUUCGUGGGAGAAAGUCCCGUACAAAUAUCUCUUAGGACCAUAUGAUUUAUUUGAAGAGGCAAAACAAAAAGAAAAAGAAGCAGAAUUGGUGUCAUCGGAUGAAGCAAAAAUUAAUGAUCUUCAAAAUAAAGAAAAUAUUCUUCCUGUAAAAAGAACAAGGAUACCUAAAAUUUAUGAUAGUUUUACUGAUAACACAGAAUCGGCUGACACUGACUCCAUUUCUGAAAAAAAAUGUAAGAGCAUCCCGAUAAGUUUAGAAAAAGAUUUUAACGAUAAAUCGACAUUAAAACAAAAGAACAUUGUUCCGAAUCCUUCAUCUAAUUAUAAAACUUCUCAUUCAGAUGUAGAUAUCAGAGAAAAAGAUACACUAGAUACACAUACACAAUUUGAACAAGACCAAUGUUUAUCACCCUUUGAUAUAAACGAAUCACAACCGCUGGAAUACGGUGAUUAUUUAUCACAAACCGAAGAAAGUUUUCAAGAUGAUAUUCAGAAAGAAAAAUAUUCAAAGAAAUAUUCAUUGAAACAGAUUAAAAAAAUCAAAACUUUUAAUGUGGAAGAAAAGCAGUCUCCUGUCGUAAAGCACAAAAAAAGUUAUUCUGCGCCACAAAUGCAACAGUGCAAAAAUAAAGUUGCUACAGUAUGCAACAGUAUGCAAAAUUGUUCAGAGACGAUUAUUAUUAAUGAAAAAGAAAUAACCACAAACAGAGGAAAAGAUACGCAAGGAUCUAUAAUGCGAACAUUGGAUACAGUCUUGGCUAUGAAUCGAAAAUUAGAUUCAAUGUCGGUUAUAAAUCGAAAAUUGGAUUCAAUCCUAGGAAUUCUUGAUGAGCAAACUCCUUUGUUAUUAACGAAUUGCUCUUUGGAUUUAUUACCCGAGCUUCCGUUAAAUUCUAUGCGAAAAUUUAAAAAGUUUUGUAAUGAUUUACAUGAAAACGAAGAGUUACGAAAGCAAUUUCAAAAGAAGAUACGUAGUAUAGGUGGGAAAUCAGCAGAAAGUCAUCUGGUCAAUUGUUUGGUUACAACUCUGACAAAUAAACUUGCCACACGUUUAACAUGGGAAGGUCAACGUCAGACAGAGGGAAUAAAAAACUCGGAUUUUGCAAAUGUUAUUAUAGGCACUAUUUCAAACAUAUACAGUUCAACAAAUUUUUACAUUUUAAAAAAUAAAUUUUCUGAGUGGUUACGAAGAGCAGGAGACAGAUAUUAGUUAAAAAAACAACAAAAUAAUUGUAUUUCAUGAAUGGUGGCUGAUGAAGAUAACUAAUGUACCGUUGUUACUUGUUAGUUGACAUAUAAGAGCGCAACAGAAGUGCACCUGUGUAAAUAGUUUUUUAUACUUUACAUUAAGAGAGCGAGCUAUGUAGAAAAGAAGAGAAGAAAAAAGAACGUCGGACGGGAGAGUAUGAGAUUUUGAGACAUUACCAUACAUAAAGGCCCGAGCAGAUUCGCGGCAAAGUCAUCCGAUGAGAAACCCUUUGUGGCAGAAUACGAACUGCUCUGUGAUACGAGAUUCAAUUCUGAGACAGUUGUUUAUUGUUGAACAGAUUACGAGAGAUAUGAAUAACGCGUGAAAAAAGACUGAUAAUAUCUUUCAAGAUGAAACGCUUAAAUAGUAUCGCGAUAUGUGAAUGAAAAUCUUUUGAGUAAAAAAAAACUCGUCCGCUUUCUCGUUGAUUGUUUGCUUAUUUUUUUCGAUUUUUUAUUUUAUUCUUUCUAGAUCUAUCAAAAAAAUGUGCUUUUUAAAAGCAUCCUAAUCCUAAUUAAUAAAUGUUUAUUAUUAUGCAAUAAUUUUAUCGUCUAAGGAAGGCGCGAGUUUUUAAGUAUUUAAGAGAGCUCAUUUUUUCAUUCACCCAUUAUUACUAUAUAUGUAUACUGAUAGAAUGAUAAGAGAUGAAAUUGUACGAAAUUCCCUUGUCCCCUAACAAUAAACAGCUGUCUCGUUUUUGUUUUUACUUAAAUUGUAAGUGUAAGUUUAAUAGAAAAGCGAACGAACGAGUGCUUAUAUAAAUGUUAUUUUAUUUAUUUUUAUGUGUGCGUCGAUAUGUUAUAUGACAACAAUCAGCUAGCGCAGUCACGGCGCGGUGCCAUUUUGGAAGCGUUUUAAAUAUGUAAAAAACGCGAGUAUUAUUUUCUUUUGAACUUCGAU